UCUCGCGCUGCUCCUUCACCCAGGCUACUUCCGGAAGAUCUGUUGGUGUUUUGGGUUUCAAGGAUGGCGUCGCAGCCUCCCCAGAAACCGUGGGAAAGGCGCAUUCCGGGAACCAUCCCAGCUCCCGCUAACUAUCGAUCUACAGAGUUUGGGUCUUCUGGGCUAUCGAGACCAGGCCCUCCGGCCUUGACCCGUGUUGCACCACCAGUUCCCCCACGACCAGUCCAGCAAUCGGGCAUAGGCAGCUUGUCUACAUACCGCCCUGCCUACAACUCCUACUCAUCCUCAUACAGUCCUUAUGGGACCUCUCUCUUCGGAGGCUACAGUCCCUAUGGUUAUGGGGGCUACGGGCUUGGGGGUGGGCUGGGCUACAACCGCUUCCACAUGGAGGAUGGCCCCCCAAGUCGCUUCGUUCAGCAGGCAGAGGAGAGCAGCCGCGGAGCCUUCCAGUCCAUCGAGAGCAUCGUGCACGCCUUCUCGUCUGUCAGCAUGAUGCUAGAUGCCACGUUCUCUGCCGUGUACAACAGCUUCCGUGCCGUUCUGGAUGUGGCCAAUCACUUCUCACGCCUCAGGGUGCACUUCACAAAAGUGCUUUCGGCGUUUGCCCUCGUCCGCUCCCUGCGUUACCUCUACCGGAGGCUGCAAAGGAUGAUGGGCCUGCGACGCAGUUCAGAGGUAGAAGAUCUGUGGAGCGACAGUGCUGGGACAGCAGUUGCCGCUGUGGCAGCAGGAGGUGCAGCGGCAGACGAUCCCAUAACUGGCUCUGUCAAAUCAUGGCCCAUCUUCCUCUUUUUCGCUGUCAUCCUCGGCGGGCCCUAUCUUAUCUGGAAGCUUCUAAGGUCUGCUGAAGGAGAGGAGGAGAGAGCCACUAGCUGGGCCAACGGAGAUGACGACCACGUGGUGGCCAGAGCAGAUUUUGACUUUGCUGCGGCAUCUGAGGAGGAAAUCUCUAUCCAGGCUGGGGAUAUGCUGAACUUAGCACCAAAGGAACAACAGCCACGCGUCCGGGGUUGGCUCCUGGCUAGUCUGGAUGGGCAGACCACAGGGCUGGUCCCCGCCAACUACGUGAAGAUCCUUGGAAGAAGGAGAGGGAGGAGGCAGGCUGAGCAGGACAGGGCGGAGGAGCAGAGGCAACAGCAAGCCUUCCAGAACCCACCGCCAGUACCACCCCAAACAGCAGGGUCUAUGAAUACCUCGGUUACCCUUGGACACCCUGAGGUGGUGUUUGAAUCUGUGUACAGGGAGAUGCCCGUUAUAUCAGACGAAGGGUCAUUUCAGUCAACUUCCACCUCUAACACUUCUGUAGUCACUGUACCUAAGAGGAUCGACCCGUGACACUCAUGUGUUUCAGUAGGACACAUAGAUGUAAACAGAGGCUGACUGCACAUAUGCUCUGAAAUAUUUCAUCCCCUCAGCAUCUCAUGACAUUGGUCAUCUGCUACCUUGGUGACUGAAUUCAUAGGCGGUUUCAGUGUUCUUACAAAAAACCUGGAAUGUACCACUUGCACAGUGCUUGCAAGGGGGUUCUGAUCAAAACCCCGCAAUGGUAAAAAUGUGCUCCUUCACGGGAAACUGAUAAAACUGAACAGACUGGGCUUAAGUAGUCGGAUUAUUUCACACCUGUUUGUUUUUGGUUAAUCUCGUUUUCUUCUGGGUCUUUACAUAAGUAAUUUAAAGAAAAAUACUUCGCAAUUUGUCAGCUGAGAUUGGUCACAUUGUGAAUUAUGAAACAAGUGAAAAAAUCAUUUGUGGAAAUGACACAAUUUUGUAAUAGUCGAAGUCAUUGACAUUAAAUGAAUUUAGAAUAUAGAGUUAAUCGUUUGAAUUGAUUGAAUUAUGUUCAUUUAAGUCAAAGAAUGGCAGUAGACCGUGUGAAGUACUCAUUUCUCCGUUUGGUCUGACAUGCAAAGUUAUAACGCGAGGAUUUUAAAGAGACUUAUUUUGACGAGUCCUUGCAUUAUGGUUACUAGAAAAGCGGUUUUAGAAUACGGAUGGAUUUUAAGUUAUUAGGUCAAAGGGUGGUACUGCGUGAAAUCUGGUCUGUCGUGUUAGAAGAAUGUGUCACUUAUGAUUUUUUUUAAUGACGUGUAUAUGGUUAAAUACCAAAAUAUUUCAUGUGGGAGACGCAAGUUUUGUUGGUCUGGAAACCGGUCCUUAACUAUUUGAAUAACAUUUUUUCUUCAUUAAAUUAACUGAUUGGGGUUUGUUCAGAUAACCCUCUUACCUUUCCCAUGAUCCCAGUUGUUAUAGUUUGAAAAAGCUUGACAUUUAGUUUAUGAAACCACAAUCUUAUUUAAGUUGAAUUUGAUUUCCACAACCUUUCGUGGUUUGUAUAUUAAUAAUUUCCUGUUUUCUGAAUGUGUGUGUGAGUGGUUAUGUUUUAUAUCCAUAGAUCACAGUGGACCUUAGAAAUGUCCGUUUUAUCAAUUGUAAAUUCAGAAAGACAUUUUUGGGUGACGGUUAUGGCAAUAAAAUGUUACAAACA